GACGUUUCCUUCUACUUGUUUCUUGCUAUCGCCAAGCCUGUCUUCUCCAUGGCUCCAACCAACGAGAAAAACUUACACGAGGUCGAAUCGGCCAGUGGAUCCGUCGACAAUGGCACCACAGACGUUGUCAUGCCUGUCGGCCGAAAGUACAGAUCAGUCAAGAUUGGUCCUGUGACACUACCCCACUACGCCAGCCCUGCCACACAACUUGUGAUCGUCGCUUUCGUCUGUUUCUUGUGCCCCGGAAUGUUUAAUGCUUUGUCGGGUAUGGGUGGAGGUGGUCAAGUCUCUGCUAAGGCAGCUGAUGAGGCUAACAUCGCCCUCUAUGCCUGCUUGUCAGUCGUGGGUAAGAGAACCAUAUUCGGAAUCUCUCGAUUCAUGUCUGACAAUGUAUCANNAGGUUUCUUUGCUGGUAGUGCCGUCAACUACAUCGGCAUACGUUGGUCUCUCUCCUUCGGUGGACUGGGCUAUUGCAUUUACGUGGCUUCGUUCCUUUGCUAUACCCACACCCAAAACACAGGCUUCAAUAUCUUUGCAGGUGCUCUGCUUGGUUGCUGUGCCGGUAUGCUGUGGUCAGCCCAGGGUGCCAUUAUGAUGUCUUACCCUCCUGAGAACUCGAAGGGAAGGUAUAUCUCUUGGUUUUGGAUGAUCUUCAACCUUGGUGCUGUCAUAGGAAGUCUGAACAUCAACUCCACAAGCAGCGGUACUGUCUCUGAUGGGACUUAUAUCGGUUUCAUCGUCUUGACAGCUUGUGGUGCUGGGCUGGCCUGGCUCCUUGUAGAUGCAAAAUCGGUUGUUCGUAACGACGGCUCUCGCAUCAUUCUCAUGAAAAAUCCCACUUGGAAGUCCGAGUUGUUGGGACUUUGGGAGACCAUCAGGAGCGACCCAUACAUCAUCUGUCUUUUCCCGAUGUUCUUCGCCUCAAACUGGUUUUACACCUAUCAAUUCAAUGGUGUAAACCUGGCGUACUUCAACACGAGAACUCGAGCUCUGAACAACACCCUCUACUGGACUGCUCAAAUCGUUGGCGCCUUUGUCUUUGGGUUCUGUCUGGACUACUCCAAGAUUCGCCGCACGGUCAGAGCAAAGAUCGCCUGGGUCGCCAUCAUGGUCUUGACACUCGCAAUCUUCGGCGGUGGGUAUGACUUCCAGACAGGCUAUACUCGCGAAUCUGUAUCCAAGGAUGCGGAUUACGUGUCCAAGGACUGGAGUGACUCGGGAUAUGUGGGCCCGAUGUUCCUGUACAUGUUCUACGGCUUCUACGAUGCCGCAUGGCAGACGUGUGUCUACUGGUUCAUGGGUUCGUUGACCAACAACGGUCGCAAGCUCACAAACUUUGCUGGUUUCUACAAGGGAAUCCAGUCUGCCGGAGCCGUCGUCAUCUGGCGCCUUGACUCGCAGAGUCUACCUUACAUGAGCGAAUUUGCUUCAAGUUGGGCACUCCUGCUGGGCGCUCUGGUUUGUGCUUUGCCGGUCUUGCUCAUCAGAAUCAAGGACCACGUCAGUGUUGAAGAAGAUGUGAAAUUCUCGGACGAGACUGUCGAAGAGAUCAUCGGCGUAGCGGAUGGCAAAGCUGUCAAUCAUGAAUCUGAGAAGGUCUGA